AUGCGGGGGGUUCUGACACCCCUGUCUUUGCUGCUGCUGCUGCUGAUGCUGGGGUGUGGGCCACGGGCAUCUUCUGGUGGCGGGGCCAGCGGGGCAGCAGGCUAUGCUCCAGUGAAGUACAUACAGCCCAUGCAGAAAGGACCUGUGGGACCGCCCUUCCGAGAGGGCAAGGGCCAGUACCUGGAAAUGCCUCUACCGCUGCUGCCAAUGGACCUGAAGGGAGAGCCUGGCCCCCCUGGAAAGCCCGGGCCUCGAGGUCCCCCUGGCCCUCCUGGCUUCCCAGGAAAACCAGGCACUGGAAAGCCAGGGCUCCAUGGGCAGCCUGGCCCUGCUGGCCCCCCUGGCUUCUCCAGAAUGGGCAAGGCUGGGCCCCCAGGGCUCCCAGGCAAGGUUGGACCACCAGGGCAGCCGGGACUUCGGGGGGAGCCAGGAAUACGAGGGGACCAGGGCCUUCGGGGACCUCCAGGACCCCCUGGCCUUCCUGGCCCCUCAGGCAUCACCGUCCCUGGAAAACCAGGUGCCCAGGGGGUGCCAGGGCCCCCAGGAUUCCGAGGGGAACCAGGGCCCCAGGGGGAGCCUGGACCCCCAGGUGAGCGAGGCCUCAAGGGGGAUAAUGGAGUAGGCCAGCCAGGGCUGCCUGGGGCCCCAGGGCAGGGGGGUGCCCCUGGACCCCCUGGUCUCCCUGGUCCAGUUGGCUUAGGCAAGCCAGGUUUGGAUGGGCUUCCUGGGGGCCCUGGAGACAAGGGUGAGUCGGGGUCUCCCGGGGUUCCAGGCCCCAGAGGGGAGCCAGGAGCAGUGGGCCCAAAAGGACCCCCUGGUGUAGAUGGUGUGGGGGUGCCAGGGGCAGCAGGGGUGCCAGGGCCACAGGGCCCAGCAGGGGCCAAAGGGGAGCCAGGGACCCGGGGCCCCCCUGGACUGAUAGGCCCCACCGGCUAUGGGAUGCCAGGCCUGCCAGGCCCUAAGGGGGACAGGGGCCCAGCUGGGGUCCCAGGGCUCCUGGGGGACAGGGGUGAACCAGGUGAGGAUGGGGAACCAGGGGAGCAGGGCCCACAGGGCCUUGGGGGCCCCCCUGGACUUCCUGGGUCUGCAGGGCUCCCUGGCAGACGUGGGCCCCCUGGGCCUAAGGGAGAGGCAGGGCCUGGAGGACCCCCAGGGGUGCCUGGCAUUCGGGGUGACCAGGGGCCUAGUGGCCUGGCUGGAAAACCUGGGCUCCCAGGUGAGAGGGGACUUCCUGGGGCCCAUGGACCCCCUGGACCAACUGGGCCCAAGGGUGAGCCAGGUUUCAUGGGCCGCCCUGGAGGACCAGGAGUGGCAGGAGCCCUGGGGCAGAAGGGUGACUUGGGGCUCCCUGGGCAACCCGGCCUGAGAGGCCCCUCAGGAAUCCCAGGACUUCAGGGCCCAGCUGGCCCUAUCGGGCCCCAGGGUCUGCCAGGACUGAAGGGUGAACCAGGCCUGCCAGGACCCCCUGGAGAGGGGAAAGUGGGAGAGCCCGGCACUGCUGGGCCCACGGGGCCACCUGGGGUCCCCGGCUCCCCAGGACUUACGGGCCCUCCUGGGCCUCCUGGGCCUCCUGGGCCCCCUGGUGCCCCCGGGGCCUUCGAUGAGACUGGCAUUGCAGGCUUGCACCUGCCCAAUGGUGGUGUGGAGGGUGCUGUGCUUGGCAAGGGAGGCAAGCCACAGUUCGGGCUGGGUGAGCUGUCGGCUCACGCCACGCCGGCCUUCACUGCUGUGCUCACCUCGCCCUUCCCUGCCUCGGGCAUGCCUGUUAAAUUUGACCGGACCCUCUACAACGGCCACAGCGGCUACAAUCCAGCCACUGGCAUCUUCACCUGCCCCGUGGGCGGCGUCUACUAUUUUGCUUACCAUGUGCACGUCAAGGGCACCAACGUGUGGGUGGCCCUGUACAAGAACAACGUGCCGGCCACCUACACCUACGACGAGUAUAAGAAGGGUUACCUGGACCAGGCGUCCGGCGGGGCUGUGCUCCAGCUGCGGCCCAACGACCAGGUCUGGGUGCAGAUGCCCUCGGACCAGGCCAAUGGCCUCUACUCCACCGAGUACAUCCACUCCUCCUUUUCAGGAUUCUUGCUCUGUCCCACAUAACCCGCGGGGGGGCCCUGCUGCCCUGGCCUCCUCCUCUUUAGUGGUAGAGUGACCUUUUCAGUUACGGAGAACCUCCAUUGAAAGAAAAAAACCCAAAGGUUGAACAGAGGCGGCCGUGACCUUGGCC